AUGAAGAGUCCCUCCAAAAAUGGGGCCACGAAUAUAUUUUAUGAUUUUAUGCUUGUCCCCAGGCCAUCGUUUUGGGCGCAGAGAAGUAGGCUCGAGAAGAGGCUUAUUCUCUCUCUGGGCGUGAUAUCUGUGCUGGCUGUAGCUUUUCUCGCAGCAUUUCUCGCCACUGCCCUUAUGAAGACAUCCACUGAUGUUAAUGACAUGCCACAGACUAGCGAAUUGCGACUUUCACCGUCCAUGCCGCCCGCAGUCAUCUCAAAGGACUACAAUUUAUGUACUUCUCCUGGCUGCAUACAUACAGCAUCUAAGCUACUAAUCAAUAUGGACGACAAAACGGAUCCUUGCGACGAUUUCUACGAUUUUGCCUGCGGUUCAUUCGUGAAGAAUACAAGGAUUCCUGACGACAAAACUUCGGUGAAUACCUUCUCCAUCAUCACUGAUCAGCUUCAAGAACAAAUACGGGCCUUACUCGAUGAACCCAUCUCUGAAAAUGAACCACGACCAUUCGUUUUAGCAAAAACUUUGUACCAGGCUUGCAUGAACAGAACUGCUAUUGAGGCCAGAGGUGUCCAACCCUUACUCGACAUGCUUCGUCGCCUCGGAGGUUGGCCAGUACUACAAGGUGAUACCUGGAAUGAGAACUCUUUCUCCUGGGAGGAAUCCGUAUACCGCUUCAGAGAAGCUGGUUACUCCGUGGACUACUUCCUCGAUUUCUCUAUCAGCGUUGAUGUGAAGAACUCAACCAAGCGAAUCAUUGAUUUGGAUCAAGCUUCCUUGGGCUUAAGCCGGGAAUACUUAAAUCGCGGUUUUAGCGAUAAGCUGGUGCAGGCCUACUAUGAAUAUAUGGUUGAUAUCGCCACUCUGUUAGGAGCUGAACGAGCCAAGGCCGAAGUUGAACUUAAAGAAUCUCUACAGUUCGAAAUGAAACUUGCUAAUAUAUCCUUGCCAUUAGAAAAGAGACGUAACGCCACCAGUCUUUACAAUCCGAUGACCAUUGCUGAACUGCAACAAAAGUUUCCCAGGAUCCCAUGGCUGGCAUACAUCAACCGACUCCUGUCGCCACACGUACAAGUGGGCUUAGACGAAGUAGCCAUCGUCAACGUCCCUAAAUAUAUAACUGAUCUUGAGGACCUGUUAGAGAAGACUCCGAAGCGUGUGCAAGCUAACUACGUGAUGUGGCGAGUGGCUGGAGCAUCUGUCUCCUACUUGACAGAAGAUCUGCGUCGAAGGCAACUAGCUUACGUCACUGCACUCUCUGGGAAAACUGAGAGAGAGAGCCGUUGGAAGGAGUGCGCUGAUACCACCAGUGUUAGUAUGUCCAUCGCUGUAGGAGCUUUGUACAUAAGAAAAUAUUUCAACGAAAACUCCAAGUCCAACGCUUUGGAAAUGGUGAAUGAUAUCAGACAACAAUUCCGUAAGACUCUGGAGACUGUUGAUUGGAUGGAUGAAAAGACUCGUCAUGAAGCUUUAGAGAAAGCAGACGCUAUGGCCUCACACAUCGCGUAUCCCAGUGAGAUGCUUGACAACAAUAAACUCACCGAAUUCUACUCUGGGCUGGAGAUGUCGUCUGACAAGCUGAUGGAGUCUGUCCUGAAUCUCACGCUUUUCGGAACUGAAUAUUUGUUUGGCAAACUUCGGGAGCCCGUCAACAAGACCGAUUGGGUGACACACGGCCGACCUGCCAUCGUCAACGCUUUCUAUUCUUCUAUUGAAAACAGUAUUCAGUUCCCGGCCGGUAUUCUCCAAGGCGCAUUCUUUUCCGCAAACCGUCCCGCUUAUAUGAAUUACGGUGCUAUUGGAUUCGUUAUCGGUCACGAAAUUACACAUGGAUUUGAUGACCAGGGCCGUCAAUUCGACAAAAAUGGUAACUUGGUUGACUGGUGGCAAGAAACUACCAAACAAAAAUAUUUGGAAAAAGCAAAAUGUAUUAUAGACCAAUAUUUCAACUAUACUGUAAAGGAAGUGAAUAUGAAGCUGAACGGAGUGAAUACACAAGGAGAAAACAUUGCUGAUAACGGAGGAAUCAAAGAAGCGUAUUACGCAUAUCAAGCUUGGACACAAAGACACGGAGAAGAAGCGCGUUUACCAGGUCUAGAAAAGUAUAGUGCACGCCAGUUGUUCUGGAUGAGCGCAGCCAAUACUUGGUGCUCAGUUUACCGUAAUGAGGCUAUCAAACUCCGCAUAACUACUGGUUUCCACGCGCCCGGUCGCUUCCGUGUUAUAGGCCCCAUGUCUAAUAUGGAAGAAUUUGCGGCAGACUUCAAGUGCCCGGCCGGUUCACCGAUGAAUCCAGUCAAAAAGUGCAAAGUGUGGUAA